AUGUUUGUUGUGCAGACAUUUAUGUCUCGCGAUGAUGCCCUACGACUCUUGACCUACCCAGAUGGAAUGUUCAGUAGAUUCAUGAACAUACUUGAGAACGUUGACAGCGUUCAACAAGAACGUCUGUGGAAACAGAAAGGAGCGAUCGAGCAAACCGAGAUCCAGAACCGAAGGCAAGAACCAUCAAGGUCAACACGGACAAGAACUCUUCCGUUUAUCUCUGAAUCCGGGAAGGUGCAGAGGAAGGAAAUGACCUCUCGCUUGGCACAGCAGAAUUCAAGUCAGUCAACAACCCAGAUUGCAGCCACACCGAGGCAAGAACGAGUCACGAUACAAGAAGCCACCAGACCACCUCGUUCACCACCCGAGAUAUCUCCCACAGCUGGCGAUAACACCGAGCCGCUAUUGGGCUCGAUUGCAGCAAGCCACGAGUUCAACGUACACCGUACACAAGAGACCGAUCCCCCGAGGAAGAGCCCAGUAUGCAAAAGUGACGAUAGAUCUAGAUCUAGACCACUAUAUCAAGAAAAGCCAUCGAUUAUACCCUUUCCCAUCACGUACCGAGAUCCGACAGAUGCCCUGAUUUGA